AUGACAGUGAACAAUUCACUACUAUUUAUUUUCUUCUACAUUCUGGUCGUCCUCUCCUUCCUCGUGCUACUCGUUAUCACUCAAGUAUUCCAUUUGAUGAUUUCAGUACUAGCUAUUCAAAAAUUCUUUCUCUACUUUAUCCCGUCAAGUGAAGGACCUAUAACUGUUAUUCAAAAACUACUGAACAAAACUAUUUGGAUAAUUUAUUUGGCAUUCGGUGUCAAAGAAAUUAUCAGUUUUCUGUGGUAUAUAAGCACGGGAAGUGUGAGUUACGAGUAUGACUCUGAUGACGACAUAGCGAUGGUUUUAUAUGAAAUUUGUCUUUUCGCUGAUAUAGUAAUGUUUUUGAGUGGAACUCCUAUAUCAACUAUCAUGAUAAUUACAAUGACCACUGAUAUUAUAAUUACUCCUUUAAUUAUUCAAAUAUCAUAUCUUGGAUGCAACAAACGGAAUAUGGAUGUGUUGAUUGCAUCGUUUGGGAUUAAGAAGUUGAUCAGAAAAGUGUUUAAAAUUGGAUCUAGCUCGAUAGUGGAACCAGAACAGACAACACAAUCUUGA